AUGGAGACUGAGCCGCGGAAGCACGUGGUCCAUCCCUCGUCCUUCUUCCCCGUGGAUGAAACUCGGCUCCCUCGAUUGAACAUCUCCCCCGCCCAGCACGAAGAGCUCCGUGACUAUGCCUUCCAAGCAGCUCAAGACACGAUUCGGGAUGGACCAACGUGGGGACGCUCGAACAUUGAGAGCGCCGUCGCAAGUGGCUGGAAAGUGCUCACAGCGCGGCCGACGGCGUGUUUUAUGACGAAAAAACAGAGCAAGAAGAAGCAGAGGAAGAGGACCAAGAAGACUGCUGCUCGAGGGGAAGUGGAGCGUCAACGUCAGCAGGAGCAGCAGAGAGACGAUAAACGGGCAGUGCCACCCACUCCCCGUGUCACGAGUCUCGGGAGCUUCCGUGGUAUGGACAUUGUCCGGAAUGUCUUACCCUCUCAACCGUCGGCGGUGUCCGUGCCAUUGGAAGCUGCGAGUGGACAGCACUUUAUGGCACACGCCGUCCUUCCGAACUCGUUAGAGGACGUCAUGAAUGCCCUGUACUGCGAAGAGACGAGCGAAAUGCGGGCGUUGAAGCAGAAGGCGUACGGGGAAGCUGCGCUGGAUUGCUGUGUCUUGCAGACUUUAGAAAGCGCGACGCUCGAGGAUCCGUUCUGGUACUUGGGUCUCAAAUGGCUGGCACUGCGAUCGCCGAUUCAAGCGUUGAUGGCAAGCCGUGAGUUCGUCUACCUUGAACAUUUAGGAACUCAUGUCGAAGCGGAAACUGGACGUCGGAUGCUGUAUCGAGUGAUCCAGUCGGUCCACAUUCGAGGAUAUGGAGGUCAGGACUCGUACUUUGGCCUCACGCGAGGAAACGUCGAAGCUGCUUUCGUGUACUGGAUGGACGACGAAGACGAAGUGAGGAACCCGUUGCUGCAUGUGUGUGCAAAGGGUCGGAUCCACGUAAAGGGGAGUAUGCCGGAUACUCUUGUGUACAGGUAUCUCAAGUCGUUUUGGCGCUCGGAACGCUCGCUUUUCCCUGCUAACAGGAUGGCUGAGUCAUCGCUUGGCAUGAGCGUCAUCAAUGACAGCGCCGAGCAAACUCCUGUGAAGAUGUCGAAAAAGAAAAAGUCAAGACGACGCAGAGUUCCGAGCGGGCAACCACUCGAGAUGGCACAUGAGUGGGUGGCGGACGAGCUCCGUUCAAGCUGUUCCGUGUGCAACAAGAAAUUCCGUCUCGUAAAGCGCUUCAAGCACCAUUGCCGCGCCUGCGGUGAAGUCAUGUGCCAUGAGUGCACAUUCCAGCACCGAGUCAAUGUUCGCGCAGUUCAAAGCUUUCGCAGUUUGAAAGGCACUGUCGUUCCAGGAGCAGCGUCCGCGGACCGGACCGCGGACGCGGCAGCUGUAAAGCACAAAGAAUUGUCGACUGACUUUGAAGAGACCAUGAGCUGCAGUUUUGACAACCAGGUGGUGGGGAACGACUCGAAAGGCGGAUCGUUUGAUGCUAGUUUGAGUCUUGUGAAUGCCAGGAAAGCCGUGAACGGUUCAGUGGAGACGGCUGUACUUGGUGGUGAUUCGGUAGUCUGCGUGGUCAUGGCUAAGGUGUGUCUUUGGUGCCUACAGAGCGCUCCGCUCGCCAACAAGACCAAAAGUAAAGCUACCUUGCGACGAAGACAUAGCGAGAUGGCGAUCAAGAAAGGUGUCCCUGCAUUGAAUACUGACGGCGGACUCGGAGUAGAUGGGGGACUCCCUUUGCGUCCACAAUCCUGGACGCCCGACUACAUGAGAAUAGAGGAGUUCGACGAACGAAAUGGCGCCCAGUGCCAAACGUCUGGACGUGAGCUGGACGUUCCGAUGCUGGUGUUGGAUGAUACAGACGCAGAGAGCGAUGAUGGGUUUGCGGAGACAAAGAAACGCACAGGUUUUUGUGUGUUUGACGAAAGACCUCAGCCAUCCGUCCUCGUUGAUGCUGGCACGUACGCCCAGGAGUGGUAUGGUGAAGAUUGUGGUGGAGUGGAUCAACACACGAACGAUGGGUGUGCAGUUAAUCUCCCGUCUCGCAUACUUUCGACUUCCUCCUCGAGCUCGUCUUCAAAGAUGUGUGAGUUCAUGGAAGAAGAUGACUACGGCGGUAACAGUUCCGGGCGCUAUUCAAGCCAAUGCAGCAUUGACACCUUCGACGAUAACAACUCGAUCCAGUUUUACCCGACACAGACUGAUCAAGUACAAGACGAUGAAGAGUUGAAGCCAGCAGCAACGCUUGGUCGAAGAUCUGACUCGAACAUUUCGUUUGAGCAUGCCGAAAGCGAACUUUUUGCUGCGAAAGCUGCUGCAGCCCAAGCCACCGUCAGCGCGACUGAGAAAGGGUUACGUGCAAAGCAUGACCCACAGGAAGGGACCAUGUACCGGAACCGACGAACGCCACCAUCAACUGCAUCGAGCACUUCGAUUCGUAGUAUGGAGAAUGUAGACAAGUGCAACGACUUCGACGGUCCGAUACAAGACCUAUACGAGGCAGUUGCAGUGGUGAAGAGCUCGAUUGCAGGUCAAGCUCGUAUCCUCGACACCAUCAAGCAAGAACGCAAAAAUGAAGCCCCUGCAAUGGCGACCAUACCGCUGUGCAGCUGGAGCUUUGUCUAA